AUGAGAAUCUUCAAGAUCACAGCUGAUGUUCUUCCUAAACUCCACUAUUUAAACCUCUCUGACUCUGGUCAAAAUGGAAGCAUGACAUGGGAUGUACCAGACAGAUCUUUUCUGAGUCAUAGGAAAAGUCUCAAUUUGAGCGGUGUCCACAUGUCUUUGAAGGAAAUGAGUGUGGUACUGCAGAGCCUCAACUCAUCAUUAACAUCUCUCAUACUGUCUCAUUUAGGGGAAGGUAGGAUCUCGGCUCUCGCCAAUAUUGACUGCCAUAUUGCUACACUGACAACACUCAGUCUGCGUUAUAACAACAUGAGUUUUGACUCUGAGGGACUGCUUAAGUCCUGCACAUACUUGACUAAGUUGGAUAUAUCCCAUAAUGCUCUUACUCAUCUGUCUCAUCAGUCAUUCAGCUCAAUGAAGCAACUGACUACUCUAGAUCUAAGUAACAAUAUGCUUUCUUCUGUGCCAAAUGCCACUCAUAAUAUCCAAUCUCUGACAAUCUUGGAUCUCAGAUACAAUACCAUCAAUAAACUAGGCUCAUUAUUUAAGAUACUCUUUGAAGAGGUAGGGUUUCAGAUGUUUUCAGAAGAUGGGCAGGGACUCUGCUGUCCUAGCUUCAGGGGGAGGCUGGUUCCACCAUUGGGGUGCCAGGACCGAGAAGAGCUUAGACUGGGCUGAGCGGGAGCCACCUUCCCAUACGGGUGGGAGGGCCAAGAGACCAGAGGUGGCAGAAUGGAGUACUUGGGUUGAAGGUUAGGUCAGAGUUAGGUCAGAGUUUGUGAGCCUGUGUCCCAGGGCUGUAGAGUGUGAAUUUGAAGGGUUUUCUACUUGCCUGACACUCAAACUGAAUUCUUCCGCUGCUCUAUCAUUUGUUACAUACUUCAGUCAUACUUCAGUCUGAGGCUGCCAUAGAUCAUCAGA